AUGUCGUCGAUACUUAACCUAUCUGCGACGGAGCGUUAUAAAACGAUCCGCUACUUGAACUACGCUUCGCUGUUCCGCGACGAGUACGUUCUCAUUGACACACGUUACCAGAACAAGAUCAAUGCGGAUCCAACAAAGACGAUUUUCUCUCUGAUCAGCGAUACGAAGACGAAGAGCGACCACGGUGGGAUCAUCGUGGGUAAUCGCAUUCAAAACAUUGUGGAGGUCGAAGUGUACUCAUUCACGAUCUCGUACAAACCCGUCUACUUGACGUUCUACAAUAAGAUCACGCUUUCGAUCAACGAAUGGGUGUCGAAUUCGUUUGAAGCGUACGAAGGCGGGCAGUUUCACUUUUGCUUUGACAUCGACCAAAUCGACAACAAUCUUAUCUACCUCAAGCCAGUAAACCCCACGUACUCGUUUUCCAAGCCCGUCAACUACAUUGACUCGUUCUCAUUGAGCUUUGGAGCUGUUUUUCCAAAGAUUGCGUUCGAUUCCGAUCGUAUGGUUCCGCGUAACUUCAGUUACUUGAAUUCGUACGGGCUGGUAACCUUCGAUUCUGACCACGGACUUGUCACAGGCGAUCUAGUAUACAUCAUCGGCUUUGAAACUCCUGAUAUGGCACGGGAUAGUGUAAUUAUUAACGAAGUGAAUCGGUUAGAGGGACACACGAUCGUCAAGAAGAAUAACUCCUCGUUCAUCAUCAAUAUCGACCUGACAGCACUUCGCCACGAAGAGCCGCCGAACAGUGGUUACUACCCAAUUGACACGUUCAAACAGUCAAACGUGGUUGUUUUCUUUGCGUCCAAACGGGUUCAGAUCCAGAUGCGACUACGCUACCUAACGUCGUACAACACGUAA